GCUUAACCUUGACUUAAAUAAAGACAAUUCAAAACACUAGCAACUGGGGUCUCAACAUGACUAGUUGGCGUAGUUUGAUAGAUGAAGCUUUAUCAGACGAGGGGGUCAUUGAUAAAAUAAAGUCCUCUAUUCAUAAUAAGGACGCUGGUAUGACUAAGUUAACAAAGUUUGAGCUACUGGAAAUGCUAAGGUCUAAGGGUGUAAUUGACAUGCUGGUUUCUAAAAUAAAGUCUAAAGAACAGUCCAAGAUUUUCUCCAGAGGUCAUGAUAGUUCCGUGGGUACAUACGAAGGUUCUAAAACAUGUGUGUCAAUCAAUACGAGUUCCACUGCAGUAUUAGUAGUGGAGGUUCUGCAGGGGAGAGCGUUUACGAGUCACCUUCAGACAUAUGAAGACAUGGAAAUUGAGGAAUCUAAGUGCUCCGACAUCAGUUUGCAACUACAUAUUGCUUGCAAGGAUUGUAGAUUUUCCAGCAAAUUAUUCCAGUGCACAACGGAGCCUAUUGUCAAUCAGAUAUUUUGUUUUGAGCUUAUUUCUGGAAACCUUAGCAAGGGACGAGAUGUAAGUAUAAAUAUAAAAAAUCUGUUGUCCUGUUUUUGAGGCUGGUGCGGAUAGUGUCGUUGGCUAUUGGAGAUCUCUGAGGUAUAUGUUUUACAAAGGCAUAUAGUUCAUAGAAUUUGAGAAUUUGUUCCCGAAAUAUAUUUGUGAGUGAUAUAUUCACCCAUCUAUAUCAAUUUUAUGUAUCAGCCGCUCAGAUGGAAUAGGCUCGUCUACUUAACAGUCUGCUUAACCUAUAAAUUAAACUCUCAAAUACAUAUACAGUUAAUAAAGACGUAAAAAAGAAAGUCGUGAUGAAAAAUGCAUUUAAUUUCUUUUGGUUUGCUCUUAAUGUAUCCUUAGAAGAAGCUGUUACUAUGUUUUGGGGCUAGAACCUCCAUAUAUAUAUAUUAUUAUGUUUCAAAGUUUGUAGUCAUCACUUUAGUGAAUAAUAAGCCCUACAAAAAGAAAUUAUUAGUAGGCAUUCAUUGUCAAUAAUCGACUUUUUUAUUUUAAAAUGCUGGACUUUCUGACAGCUCUUUUUCGACUUCUAGAUCAUUCUUUAUGUGACUGGCCUAGUAUUCUCAUGUUGUUUAUUUUGACCAUCACCGUCUUUAGUCUUCAGCGAUAGGAGUAGCAGCUUAAGCGAAUAUUGUUAUUACUCGAAAUUUGCAGUACUAUUAAGACUGAGUGUUAGCCGAUAACAUUUCCUGGUGAAGAAUCCCAAAACUCCACCAAUUGAUACGAUAAAUGACUUCAGUAUUAAACUUGCUGGGGAAACCAGUUUUUGAGAAAAAAUAGUUACGACAGAGUAAUACGAACAUCACCGUUAUCUUGUGUUAUUUGACUUUUUAGUACAGUCUUUGAAGGAACUUAGCACAAGUGUCGCACUCUCGUUAUACAAAGGAGUACCUUAGUUAGAUAAGAAGUGCUUUGGGGCUUUUAAAUCUUGACGUAGUGUUGAAACAAGAUAUAAACUGUAUUUUAGCAAAUAGAAAACGUUCUCUGGUGUCUGUAUGAUAGGCGAAUUCCCUCACAUUUUAAUAUUAUCUGCGUACAACGAAAACAAAAGUCCCAUGUGAGAAGCAAAGUUGCUUAAACGAAUAAAAACAGUGCUUCACUCAUACGUAUUGCGUGAGAAAAUUUGAUUAACAUUACUUUUCAGUUAAAAAAUUCGAAUUUUAACAUUUCUGGUUACCAGCCCAAAAGAUUUCGGGAAAUCAAGUAAAACUAGAUAUAUUGCUAACCGGUAACAUCAGUAGCGAAAGAAAGCGAAACUAAUGCAAUCUAAAUACUUAUGGAAUAUAUAUAUGAAAUUCGAUGUUUAUCAGCAAUAUACAUGCUAUACUGUUUUCCUUAAGGUGACUCUUGAAAAUUUGCUGUUCGAUAAACCAGUUUCUUUUGUACAAAUCGUAAUCACAUCAAACGUAUUAUCAACUGGAAAACGAGGUUUGAUCUCAUCAACCUGCUUUGACUGGCGUCCAUAUUUCAUGGGCAAUUCUAAAUGUAAAGAAAUAAACUUAAACCACUGGACCAAUGACGUAUCCAUAGAACUACAAAGUACCGAUCCAGACUGUAAUGUACCUGCGGGUGUUCUUGAUUUACGUCUUUCUCUGAUAUGUCCUAAUGCAUCUAUCAAUACAAAAUGGUCUGAUCCAGUAAAGCAGACAUUUGAUUCAAAUGCAUCUGGUGUAAUUAAUCAUCAGACUUGUAAAUUAAGACAACUAUCACCCUCGCUUAUUCAAGCACAUUUUCAAUUAGAAUUAAAUCGAUCACUUGAAAGAGAAAAUACGUUCACUAAUUAUGUUCGUCAAUGGUGGCGUGAAUUAACACAAUUGCGUGAAGGAUUCUUUUCUGAACGUCUUAUUAAAAUAUUUGCAGCUGAUGAAAAUGGACGCACACAAUUUGUGUGUAACUUCGUAAAUCCACUCAGUGCAAGUCAUAUUCUUGAAACCCCAUAUAUAGCCGCACGCUUCGUUUCAAGUAUACCCUAUGAACCGUUUUACGGCGUCGGGGUUGGAAUAAAAGAACGUUGGUGUUCUGGACUGGCUUUUGUUUCUUCAAACUCUGGAGAUGUAGCAGAUCAUGCAAACCUUUUAUGUUCUCUACUAUUGGGUUAUGGAGUUGAAGCAUACGUUGCUUUAGGCACAAGUCAAUUCAAUAUGAAUAAGCAGCAAAUGACUACUUCCUCACAUUUAUAUGCAUGGGUUGUUGUUUGUUCUGACGAUUAUCAACGAAUCACAUUUUGGGAUAGUAUAACUGGUCGUUGUUAUAUUCAUACAACUGGUGGUUGCGAACAAAAAAUCUAUCCUUCUCCAUUCUAUACCAUUGGAUGUUUAUACAAUAACAGUUCAUUUUAUGCCAAUAUUCAACCAACUGAUAAAGUAGUAAACUGUCUUUUUAAUUUAAAGAAUUCAUCUCAAUGGCGUCCUAUGUCAUUUGAAGUCAUUCAAACAGUACAUAAUUACUCAGGUUUAUACCUUAGAAAAUUGAAUCCUCCCAUUCAAUCUAUAGAUGAGAUUACUGUACAAUGUCAUGAAUCCUUACGUCGUUUAGCCGAUAGUUGGCGUAUGGAAAAAUUAAGAUGUAAUAAUCAUGUUACAUGGAAAUGGGAUAAUAAACUAGAACAAUUAUUAUUACCUUUGAUUGCUAAAUAUGAAGCCGAUAAAAAAUUUCUAUCAAAUUAUGAUGAUAAUGAUAACGUUGUACAAGUACAUGAGGUAUUAGAGAAUGAUUUGAUUAUGUCACCAAUUCAUCGUCAUAUACCUAAAGAUUUUACAUUCAAAUCUUAUCCAGUCCAGCUAUUCCAUUGUAAUCCUCAAAGAAUAUUACGAAGUUGUUUACGUUCCCAAUUAUGUCGGGAUAUACUAAGCUGUCGUGGUGAUCAUGUUCAACUUGCCUUAGGUUUACGCAUUAUUACAUAUGCUGAAAAUGCAAUGAUUACAUGGGUUAUAUUUGCAUGUUCAUAUAAAUCUGUAAUAUAAAUUCAAUCAUAACCCUUUUUCAAGAGAUGAUGAAUUAUUUGCUUGAAGUAACCAAUUUUUGAAAAGAUAUUUUGAUUCAUUUAAGACCUAAUAAUUUAUAAAUAUCUUUAUGUUCGUAUUUACAAUGAGUACUCAUGGUAAACCCUAUAGUUCGUUGUAAAAAACGCCCUUGUUCAUAAUGCACAUAUGAUUGUUAAUGGAUUGAUAAUUCUUUAUAUCCAUAAUGUUUUUUUUACACUUGAACUCCUGUGGUUAUACUAAUUUUUCUCCCAAUUGUUCAUAUCCGUUUAACUUGAGACUUUCUGAGGGGAAUGAAAGAUCAGUGUUUGAAUUUUUGUAAAUUAGUUUUUUUUCUUAAAAAUUUGGAACUCACCAAUUGUAAUUUGUAAUGAUUUGGAUUAUUCCGUUGUUGAUAUUUUGACUGAAAUCUGAUCAGUCUUGGUUGACAUGUAGAUCGCCUUGAUAUAGCCAUUAUGAUAUAAACUUAUUUACAGUAUACAAAAUGUGGCUGCGAGUCCCGGAGUGAACUUUAACUUAAAGAUGUCGGUAAACCCAGUUAUUUAUUUGCACAUCCUGAAUUUCACUACUAGUCACACUCCAUCUACCC